AUGUUACCAAGUCCUAUUGCAUUAGGUACUCCUGUUGCUGUUAAUCAAGAUGGUAGUAUUAAACGUCUAGAUUAUAAACUAAAUGGUUCGAUGGCAUAUUUAUUAAUAUUUAUUGUUUAUUAUUUAAUAUGUUAUCAUUAUCAUAUGAUACCUUCAACAUUUUUAGCUGAUCAUUUUACAUUACUUUUAGUAGCAUCGAAUAUAUUAUCAUUUAUUAUUGCUAUUGCUGUAUCGAUAUUAGCCUAUCAACAAAAUAAUUAUCAAUUUAUUAGUCAAAAUUUUAUGUAUGCUUUUUGGAUGGGUUACAGCCGAAAUCCAAGAUUAUAUAAUUUUGAUUUAAAAUUUUUUUCGAAGGCCGCCCGGGUUUAA